GAGAAGGGAAGAAAGAGAGAGAGAGAGAGAGAGAGAGAGAGAGAGAGAGGUGAGUGAUCGAGAAAGCGUAUGCGAGGGAAUGAGAGAGCAACUGUGUGACAGAGGCGAAGAGAACGAGGCAGGCUGCUUAGACAAUUGAGAGAGCAGAAAGGAGGAAAUAAGGAACAUAUAUUUCCAGAGCAGGAAGAGGGAGGAACGCAGACGAGGGGCUCUUUCUCUUCUAGCCGCAAGGGGCACAGUCACUACUUUUAUCCACUUGUACAUGAAACCGAGUGGACUGGACUAACCAAUUAGUGGAUUUUUAAUACUCAUUUCUGCAUCCUUAGGAAACUGGAACAAUUCCUUUGUGCUUUUCUUGUAUUGCAAGUCAGAGGACAGUCCGUGUCUGUGCUUGCAUCUUCGUGUGGUCUGUUCUGUGCACAAAGUGCAUCUGUCGGUGAUCGGUGCUGAGGAUAUCUCCCCUCUGUCAUACAAGACACCGUUGGAUCAGACUACAGAGAGGAGAGAGAGCGUGUGUGCACGAGAGAGAGAGAGAGAGAGAGAGAGAGCAUCAGAAUCAGUGUGUGCAUGAGAGAGAGGACCAUUAAAGCCAAGGCAAAAGUGAAAUAGCUCGAAUAGAGAAGGGAACCCAUACCUCCUUUCCCUGUUUUCCUUUGCCAUUCCUUUCCCUCCUCUCUUUUUCCUCCUGUUCCUCUCCCAUUCACCAAACCUUCACAGGACCGCUUGCUUCUCUUCGCAACUUCUCUUUCCUCUCCAUCAUUUACCUCUCCCUGAUCACACCUUAUCCAAUACUCGCGGUGGAAGAGCGUGCCACUCCUGGAUCAAGAACUUGAGGGAGUAUUUCCAUCCAUCCAGGAACGAGAGACUGAGGGACAGUCUGCCUUAUACGGAGCACAUUAAGACAUUUGCCAUCCGUUUCCCAGCUGUUGUGCAGCACACAGACAUUGGCUUCCCUCUUGUGGACCCACUAGUGACAGCAGUGUGGACAAGGAAGAAAGGAUUCCUACAAGCUAUCCACUCCUCCACUAUCACUGUUUGCGACUGAGCAGCUCCCUCCCCCUGUGUCACCAUUCCCUGCCUCAGUGCUAAGGAUUCCAGCUACAUGGGCAAGCGAUUGGAGCAGCAGCCAAUGUACCCUCAGUACACCUACUACUACCCCAAUUAUCUCCAGACUAAGCAGCCCUAUGCUCCACCCCCUCAUCCCAUGGCUCCUCCCAGCCCCAGCACCAACAGCUGCAGCCACGGAGCGGCAGAGCAGCUGAGUAAGACCAACCUGUACAUCCGAGGCCUGCCACCUGGGACCACCGACCAGGACCUCAUCAAGCUCUGUCAACCGUAUGGAAAGAUAGUGUCAACAAAGGCCAUUCUGGAUAAGAACACCAACCAGUGCAAAGGCUAUGGCUUUGUUGAUUUUGACAGCCCAGCUGCAGCACAGAAAGCCGUGUCGUCUCUCAAAGCCACCGGGGUGCAGGCGCAAAUGGCCAAGCAACAGGAGCAGGACCCUACCAACCUGUACAUCUCGAACCUGCCCAUCUCAAUGGACGAGCAGGAGCUGGAGAACAUGUUGAAACCUCUGGGUCAUGUCAUCUCCACCAGGAUACUGAGGGAUGCCAACGGAGUCAGCAGGGGAGUUGGCUUUGCCAGGAUGGAGUCGACAGAGAAAUGUGAAGUCGUGAUCCAGCAUUUCAAUGGAAAAUACCUAAAGACCCCACCAGGAAUUCCAACUCCCACGGAGCCGUUGCUGUGUAAAUUUGCCGACGGAGGCCAAAAGAAGCGGCAGAGUCAGGGCAAGUACCCUCAGAAUGGGAGGCCAUGGCACAGAGAAGGCGAGACUGGCAUGGCAUUAACAUAUGAUCCUGCUGCAAUGCAGAAUGGGUUCUACUCCUCGCCUUACAGCAUCGCCACCAACCGCAUGAUCGCACAGACCUCCAUCACGCCCUUCAUCACUGCGUCCCCCGUUUCUACAUAUCAGGUCCAGAGUACAUCAUGGAUGCCUCAUCAACAAUAUGUUAUGCAACCUACAGGUGCAGUGAUCACGCCAGCCAUGGACCACACUAUGUCCAUGCAGCCUGCCAGCAUGAUGGGCCCCCUUACCCAGCAGAUGAACCAUCUGUCCCUGGGCACCACAGGAAGUUACAUGACUGCCGCCGCCGCUGCAGCGCCUAUGCAAGGGACCUACAUUCCCCAGUACACUCCUGUGCCUCCAACAGCCGUCCCUGUCGAAGGAGUGGUGACGGAUGCCUCCCCCCAAACAGUGGCUCCCUCAUCACAGGAGGUGACUGGCCAGCAGCAGCAGAUUCAGGUGGACGCUUCCGCCGACCACGUUUCUGCUUACUCGUACCAGUCCAAAUAGCAACCACCUGAGAGAAUGUUCCUGUGACAGCGUUGCCUUGAGACAGAAGGUGGCUGCACUGUGAAUGUGAGUGGGGGGACAUAGGGGAAGGAAAAAAAAAAAAAGAGAUUGCUUCCAGAUUGCCCAGGCACCAAAAAAGAGACACUUUUUUCAUUUUCUACCUGGUCAACUAGGGGAAGAAAAAAAAAAGAAAACAAGGAAGCAGUGGAUGCUGAGAAAGGGGUUUGGGAUAUUGUGGGGCACAGUGCAAAGAAGUGAAAUUGUUAAGUGUGAAAACCUGCCUGAAGGGCUGGGCUGACGCUAGAAAAUUUUCUCAAAGAAAAUUCUCAACCAAUUUAACAAAGAAAAAAAGCAAAAACAACAAAAAAUGUACAGACAAAAGACAAAAAAAAGGUUGAAUGUGAAGGUGAAGUUUAUUUUGUAAUUAGAACGGGGGAGUCAUGUUUGAGAUACACACAGAGAUUGUCUUCCUCAGAUACUAAGCUACAAGUUGUUUUCGAUAUUUUUUAUGUUCUAGUGUUAAAUUUUAGUUUUCUAGAUAUAUUUGAAAACAAAGUGUUUUUUUCUUUCUUGAAUCUUCAUGGCCUUAAUUUCAAGGGCGCCAGAGACUUUGUGCAAGUUCAAGUCUGACGUCUGGUUGGGGGUGGUGGGAAAACACAACAGAAACAUAAGCGAAUCGGUAUUUUGGACCACUUGGAAGGUUCAAGAAACUGGACUAGUCAUUUAAAGAGGAAACAGAAUCUAUCACUUAGCUGUACAGAUUUAAUAGAGAGGAGCUUUUUUUUUUUUGUUUACAAGAAGAAUGCUUUGAUAAUGAUUAUGUCGGAGGUAACUAUGUGUUAAAAGAACUAAAUGCCUGUUACAGAAAGACUUGCGCUCUGAAGAGAUUCUUCACAAUGAGGAAAGAAAAAAUAUAUGAGAAAACGUGCUGCGUGCAGAUGCAGUCUGUCAGCAAAACGCUGAACUUGCUUUUUUUAUGGUCAUCCUUAUUAUUUACCAAGCAAUGUUGCUGUCAAUGACGUUACAGCUUUUUAUCUGCCACAUUUUACAUUUUUUAUGAGCUUGGAGAUGUUUUUAGCCCGCUUUGCUUGUCACACUGCAAAUCUUAAUAAAAACAAGGGGAAAAAAAGAUAUAAAAUGUACAAAAACCUACAAAAAACUCUGGCAGUGAAACAAAAACAGUAGAUAGAGGAUAGGAGCUUAUGGUUGAGAUCAAUCAGUGCAAAAGCAAUAGAGGAAAUUGUUGACAAUUUCUGUAGUUUUUCCUAGUUGUGGAUCAAAUGCAGCCCACGGAUGGCCAUUUUUAUACCAAAGAUGAAGAUACACUCUGAACCAGAGGUUGUUGUUUUUUUCCGUCUCAUUUUUUCUGUUGGUUGUUGUUGAUGUUAAUGAUGUUGUUGAUGUUGAUAUUGCUGUUGUUCUUGUUGCUGUUGUUGUUGCUCUUGUUGUUGUUUUUUUAUUUGACCUUGAUGGCCGGACCAGAACUUAAGGAUCCUUCAUAACACGUACACACACACACACACACACACGCAUAUACACUUUUUUUUGGGGUAACAUUGUACAGGGAAAUUCGUCUCAACUGAUUGGGGAAUGUUGCUUAAUCCGCCCUGCUCUCGUCGCAAUAUUUUUUUUUCCAGCUUGCCCCUUCUUCACUUCAUGUUCUAAGUUUAAACCAAAAUAAAAUAAUGAGGGUUGUUUACUGCAUUCUUUACAUCAUAUAUACAUAGUCACCAGGGGUGUAACGAUUCAUCCACGACAUCGAUGUAUUGCUUUAUCGAUCUGUGCUCGGCAUGAGACCUUCCAGACAAAAUGUAUCGAUUAUAAAUCGUUUUUAAAUGGAAAUCAAUGGCUUAUAUCGAUACUAGGAAAUAACAGCAUUGGAUUUAAGCACACCAGACUUUAUAUGGAUGCAUGUGUAUGACUCGACUCGGUGCACAAUGAAGCCUUUCAAGCAAGCUUAGUUGAGCAUGCUAGCGGCUAACAUAGAGACCAACGCAUUGCUAAGCAUAGAUCAAGUGUAAGCGUCAAGUCUUGUGAUUUUCAUGUAAAAAUGUGUCAAGUAAAAGUGCUGAGAGCGUUGCUGAAUGUGCGACCAACUGUGACCGUCGAUGAAAUAUUUAGCUUUUGAAAGAAUGAUAGCAGAGUGCGUGGAGGAACAAAAGAGGACAACGAGAAAAAAUAUCAACAGUUUUCAAGCCUCACGUUGUGUUACAAAGAGCAGAUUUGUUCACGUUUACUAGCCCAAUAUGUGUAAUUGACAGUAUUGCUAAAACCUUUUCCUCGUGGAAACUUCACGGUGCUGCGUUUCUAGUCAGUAUAUUAAACUUUGGAACAGGGAUUCUGUAACUUUUUGGGUCCAGCCACGAAUCGAAUUUAUUUGAUACGAAUCAAAUUAUUGUUCAAAUGAAUUGUUACACCCCCUAAUAGUCACAUACAUAGCCAACAAACAAUUAUUGUGGAACAUCUGAAUUUAACUGUAACUGUUUCUAAAUUGGUACAAACAACCACUUUCUAUCGGUGAGCUCACAUCUUAUCUCGCAAGGCAUCAGCUCAGUGAGUAUCUAAAAGAUUCAAAGCUGCAUUUUGUGUUUUAUUUGGCUUGAAGUGUGGUUUUGAGUGAUUCAUUCCAAAUGCCACCACAGAAGUAGUUAUCAUUGAUGCCAAAUGGGGGAAAAUGUGAUUUGAAUGAGACUACUGUAGAACUGAAAAAGGCAGGAUAAGCAUUGUAUUCCUGGCGGGUCAAUACAUUUAGGCAAAAGCGAAAAGAGGGCUAACCGAAUGUACCUGAGGGAUUGUGACAGCCAUUCCAAAAUGUUUGUCAGUUUCUACCUUGACCUAAUUGUCAGUCCCAACCCUCGUUGGGUUGCACAAACAACCACAGCUCAUCUCAUUGGACCUUUCCAUCCACAAGGUACAUAAGGUUUCAAUCAUUUCAUUCAAAUUGCCUGCUGGGCAUGUCUGUCCACUUUAACGCAGUCUAACACCCCUCACCCACAAUGGUGCUCGAGCUUUUUUCUCCCUGCUUCACUAGCAUCACUAAUGUGCAAUGGCCAAGACAGGAUCCUUCGCUCUAAUUUUCCAUUCACCGUCAUUCCCUCCCUCGUGCCCCCUCUCAUGCCCUCUAUGAGUUUUUUUUUUUCUUUUUCUUUAUUUGGUGGUGCAGAAGCAGAACCACAAACCAAUUUCGGUCGUCCUCUCAAUGAGGCUUGACGGGUCCAAUUUGUCUCCCUCUGGGACAAUGCGAUCCACUCCGGUGUCCCUCAAGAUAACAAUUUCUUCCAGAUAAAAAGGGAGCUUUGUGUUUGCCAAUGAUUGCAAUUGAGCCCUAGUUGCUUAUUGAACCAUUCAAAUCUUAAGUCCGAUGUUGCUGCACUGCAUUUUGGGAAAUGAUAACAAUCACUAUCACAGGUUCCAGAUUGCAAUUAAUGGCAUAUUCUAUCUGAGAUAGUUAUUGAUUUCAUAGUGGAAUAUGUUGAGCACCAAAUGACCCAUGGAGGACUGGAUGCAGAAUGAUACCCAACAUCAAAGUGGAAAACUGAGAUCACAAAGUAACCCAAAUGUGAGUUUUCUCAAGACAGCUACAUAAUGUAGCUCAGUAGAUUGUAUGGCCUCCACGUGCUUAUAUGUCCACCAUCUGCACUGCAAAAAUACAAAAUCUUGCCAAGAAUAAUAUUAUUUCUCGUCAAAAAUAGUCUGAUUACACUUAAAAUAACAUUCAUCACACUUAAAAUAAGACUCAACCUCUAAAAGGUAACUUGUUUUGAGAGUUUUACUUUUACUACUACUGUAACUAGAGAAAUAUGCCAUUGUAAAUAAGAAACAAAUAAAUCAUUCCACUGACAAUUCUUUUCUACUUAUUUACCAAUUAGAUUGAAACAAGUGAGAAUUGUCUAAAACCAAGUUACUUUUUAGGUGAUAAGUCUUAUUUUAAGUGUAAUCCGAUUAGUUUUGAUUUGAAAUCAGACUUUUUACAGUGUGGGAAUGCUCCUGAUCUGGUUGUUCUCGUGUUCAUUGGGAAAUGCCAAUCAGGGUGCAUGGUGCCAGGCUGUGAGCGCAGGCCUCACUUGUGGACAUUGGAUCCUCAUGGCACACUCAUGGAGUCUGUUCAUGACAGUUUGUGCACAAGCAUGCACAUGAGUGGCCUACAGGAGGUCCCUGGCAUUGCUCAAGCUAUCCUUGCACAAAGGAGCGGUCAGGUCCUUCUGCCUCUGUUGCCCUUCUGGGCCCCUUUGCCUGUCUCUUCCACGUGCAUGGCACUGCGCUGAAACACAGCCAACCUUCUGGAUCGGCCACUGGUGGAAGGGUGCUACUUGCCUGUCCUUUGCACAACACCAGAUGAACUUCACUCACGAUUGUGCACUUGCAUCAUAACUGGAUAAGUUGAGAUGCAGGAAGUCUGGUUGACUUGGACUGUAAUGAUUGUGUUCCCCUUAUUUUUAAGCACUGUAUGUUCUUACAAUCAAACUGUAUGCUUAGUGCCUUUUAACAAAGCUUUCAUAUCAUUCUAAAUUGUGUUGUAUUUAAGAAGUAAAGCACAUUGAGUAGCUGGAUUGUAAAGUGUAACACAUGACUACAUGGUGGUAAAGAGGGAGCUGUCACUGGCUUGUGCCUUCAGCAUUGGCUAAACUGUUUCAUCUAUGCAGCCCUUAUAUAUUAAACAGUCUCACUAUUUGCCCCCGUCCUGAGUUGUAAUAGCUCCAGAGGUCAAACCCCAAUAUUCUCUCAGUGACCAUUCAUGAUGGUCACCCUCAUAAUCUUCAAUCAAAUCAACCUCAGCCUUUUUGCUCUUGUAUGACCUGCCACUCGCCAUCCGUACCUGGGCUGUACUCCCUAUGAAAUUCUGGCACAUUACAACUCCCUGGACCCACUUUAAUUUCCUUCCUGUCGUUUCUUUUUCAUCUCCCGUGCGUGCGAGGGGUUGUUUUACUGAGCAAUUCUGUGUUUAUUAACGUGGGUAUGGGUAUGGCUACGGCGUAGCUAUAAAGUUUUCCUGACAUUAAUUAUCCAAAUAGGAGUCAUAAUACAGAAUGUGCACAUUGGCGAGUAUAGCGAUUCCCAGAAAUGGCCUGAAAUUCAAUAGUAAUGGAAUUAUGAGAGAGGGGAGAAAAACACCACAAAUAGGAAGACAUGCAUCAUUUUUGCUAAUGGAGAAUCAAUGCAGAGAAAGAGGCAUGAGUUUGCUCCUGGUACACAUUUAUUAUAGCUCCCCAUAGAUGUGAAAUAUGACCGAGCAAAACAAACAUCAGUGGAGUUUUCUUAAUGGCACACUAGCACGACUGCGGCGGUGUGCUUGCUGCAAAUUGUGUCUCAUUUACAUCGGCUUUUGUCCUCUUCCUCAUCAUCAUUCAUGGAUCAUUUCAACCCUGUUCACAUAUAGACAAUUUGCAGUGGCGUCUGUGUGUUGUCUUCGAAAUCUGUAAAGUGACUGCCCUCUACAGGUGGAAACUUUGCACUUGCAAUUUUUUUUUUUUUUUUCUCUUUCCAUUUUAGGCUCCAUGUACCUGUCUAAUCAUGAUACAGAGACAUAAUGUAACUCUUAGGGGAAUUUUGGACAUAAGGAGUUUUUCAGGAAAAAAAAAAAAUAAUAAUAAUAAUAACAACCUGUGCUCUAUCCGCCUGUCACUCCUGACACAGUGUGUCUUUAGUGUCUUGCAGCUUUGGGUACUUGGACAUUUUCCACAUGAAAGCGAUCACAACUGUCGAAGCGAUGGUCCAGAACAGUAUGUGUGAACAGCACAUUGUCAAGGCUGGCACCAGUGGCCAGAAUGAGUCUGGUGUGUGGGUUAAGAGCCCCUCUAACCUGUGGACCUUACACACAUCCCACAAGUACAAGUAUUGAAUCCGCUACCUCCAAGUGACCAUGGAAGCUCUGAGGUCAAACAUAAUCAGUUCCGGUCAGUUUUAAAAACAACUUUUCACUGACAAAUGAUGAAAUAGAAAGUUUGAACUUCAGAGUCAAACAUUGGCCACAGAUCAUUUUCCCCAUGUAGUACUGUCAGGUUUUCUGACACUUUUAACAGUUAUGACAAAUUUUUUUUUUUUUUUUUUUUUUUUUUUUUUAUAUAUAAAGUGGCACAGUGAAAGACUGGUUAGAGUGUCUGCCUCACAGUUCUUGGGCCGGGGUUCAAUCCCCGCCCCGCCUGUGUACAUGCCAAAAACAUGCAUGGUAGGUUGAUUGAAGACUUGAAAUUGCCUGUAAGUGUGGUUGUGAGUGCAAAUGGUUGGUUGUUUAUGUGUGCCCUGCGAUUGGCUGGCAACAAAUCAGGGUGUACCCCGCCUCCUGCCCAAAGAUAGCUGGGAUAGGCUCCAGCACUCCCGCGACCCUUGUGAGGAUAAGCGCCUCAGAAAAUGGAUGGAUGGAUGGAUGUUUUUUUAUAAAUUGCAAACACCUUUACAGCAACUAUUUAACAGCAACUUAAAACACUAAAUUCUUUAAAAUUUGAUCCUCUGUGACAAAGCUUACUGCUUGUGCUCAAUAAGACCACGCUGACUUUUCUUUCAAUAUUAUUAUUGUUGACUUACUGUCACAUUAGCCAUAUUAUAAGCAUCCAGGACAGAGAUGCAUGUACAGCUUCUCUGAACCACACUUUGUUUUUUUGUCAACACCGGUACUCUUCUGUGGUGGCAUGUAAAACAAAAAUAUAUAUAUAUAAUUUUUUUUUUUUUUCCCCAAAAAAACACCCGUAAUUCUCUUGGUGCUCGCUAAGAUGAUGUCUCAUGAGAUGACGUGUUGACUUUUCUUAAGGGCGUUUGGAUUUUGAGGUUACACUGUUUUGUUUUUUGUGUUAUUGUUUAUUAUACACAUGUUCAUCCCCAAAAGGGGAAUUGCAUUUUCACUCAUGCACCUCACAGAGAACUAGACCACACAACUGCAGGUUUGCAUCCACAGCAAUGGCUUUUGCCCUCACAAUUUCACACAUAAUCUCGGGAAUGGAGAAUAUAACAAACAAAUUUGACUGUAUGUUGUGGUAUUGUAUUUUUCUGUAUAAUGUAUGUGUGAAUUUAGACAGUUUGUUGACAAUGUCUUACCUGCAGGCUGCAGUAAAUGACCCUCAUUUUUUUUCCUCCUUGAAAGUCACAUCAAGUGCUUUUCCUUUUACUACUUUAAAAUGAUACUACUGGAAACAUGCAGUAAAUGUUGCGACGAACUUGGAUAGCUCAUACACUAACUGGAUUUUCUUCACAUGCAUAUGCUAAGAUAUUUGAUUUAAAAAAUAGAAAGAAGAGGAAAAAAGCUGUGUUAUCCACAUCGCCCACUCUUUUUAGGUGAUUUACAGUUUUAUUCCAUUUUAAGUCUGUCAGUCUUCACUCCUCUUUCAGAAGCACUUCAGCCAUCCUUAUGUCUGAAGCAAUGUAGUGUCUGCGCCACACGCGAUGCACAUGAGGCUGCUCCUGUUCGUUCACUUACUUUCGCCUUCAGGUGUAAGCGAGAGCUGUGGCUCAAUAACUCAUCACAAGCCAGGCCAAUACACAUUCGCAUGCACAUAAUGCAGUGAAAAAAUUGCUCCGAGUGCCGCCCACACCCGCUCCCUCACACAAACACACACCAUACCCAAACAAGAACAUAGACCUGCUGCUUUUUAAUUGAUGUUUCGGUUAACUUCUGAUUCUCUAUUGAUUGGCCACACAGGCCUAGAAGCGCAGUCAUGAGUUAAAUCAGCUCCUUGAGAAAUACACCAUGCAUCAAUCAUUAUGAAAGAGGCUGACCAGAUGAAGAUUAUAAAGCGUGAUAAGAUAGGGGAUUCAUUGUAGGGAUAAAACUACUUGGACAGCAGAGCGGCUUUUGUUCUUUUCAUUUCUGUUGAUUUAUUUUAUUUUUUUAACCCACUUGUCUUCAGCACCGGACAGGACGUGGUCACGCCUCGCACAUGCUGCAUAGCGUGUGCGAGCUUUGAGAAGCUAUCUGUACAUCUGUGGAUGUGAACUUGGAUUUAAUGAGUCGUUUUUUUUCCUCUCUCUGAUGAAGCUUUCAAUAAAAAAAAAACUAUCAAAAAGCACACAA